AUGGUUGAGUCUAUUCUUAGGAUGUCUAAUGACUCUGAUAUAGGAACUAGGUUAAAAGAAAAUAUUACAUUUAUUGUUUUUGGAGCUUCAGGAGAUUUAGCAAACAAAAAAAUUUUUCCUGCUUUAUUUGAACUUUAUCAAAAUAACCUUAUACCUAAAAAUAUUCGUAUAGUCGGAUAUGCUAGGACCGAAAUGAGCAAUCAUGAAUUUCAUUCUAGAUUUUCUCAAUAUAUAAAAACUUCAACUUUAAAAAGCGAUAUAGUUUUUAAAGAAUUUAAAAGUAUAUGUACGUAUAUCAGUGGGAAAUAUGAUAGUUGUGAUGGAUUUAAAAAACUUUUGUUACAUAUUAAAGAAAUUGAAGAUAAAUGCCAAAAACAAAAUAGGAUUUUUUAUAUGGCUCUCCCUCCUAAUGUUUUUAAUUCAGUUUCUUACUAUAUAAAGGAUCUUCUUUAUCCAGGAUCAGGUGUUGCUAGGUUAAUAGUUGAGAAGCCAUUUGGAAAAGAUUUUGAAAGUAGCAAAAAACUCCAAAAAGCUCUUGCAUGUUUAUGGGCUGAAAAUGAAAUUUUUCGAAUUGAUCAUUAUCUUGGCAAAGAAAUGGUUAAAAAUCUUUUUAUAAUGCGGUUUACAAAUCUUUUUUUGAGUAGAUUGUGGAAUAAACAUUAUAUAUCAAAUAUUCAAAUUAUAUUUAAAGAACCGUUUGGAGCAGAGGGACGUGGAGGAUAUUUUAAUGAAUUUGGAAUUAUUAGAGACGUAAUGCAAAAUCACUUAUUGCAAAUAUUGGUUAUUUUAACAAUGGAAGAACCUUUUUCUUUUUUACCCUCUGAUAUUCGCUAUAAAAAAAUAAAAAUUCUUCAAGAUAUAUUUGUUAUUGAUCCUAGAAAUGUUAUUAUUGGUCAAUAUACAAAAUCAGAGGAUGGAUCUAAACCUGGUUAUAUUGAUGAAGACGGCGUACCUAAGGAUUCUCGUUGUCCUACGUUCGCUGCGCUAACUCUAUUCAUUAAUAAUGAGGUUUGGGAUUCUAUCCCGUUUAUCUUAAUUGCUGGUAAAGCAUUAGAUGAACAAAAGGUUGAAGUUCGUAUUCAAUAUAAGGAUAUUAAUAGUAAAAUAUUUAAAGAUAUUUUACGAAAUGAACUAAUUAUAUCUAUACAACCAAAUGAAGGUGUUCAUAUGAAAAUCAAUUCUAAGUAUCCUGGAUUAGAUAUGCAUUCUGUUCCCGCUGAACUAGAUUUUAUAUAUAAAAAUAAAUUUCCAAAUGUGAGAAUCUCUGAAGCAUAUGAGACAUUACUAUUAGAUGUUAUAAAAGGUGAUCAAACAAAUUUUGUAUGUAAUGAUGAAUUAGAGGAAUCAUGGAGAAUAUUUACACCACUUUUACAUUAUUUAGAUAACAAUAAUGAUAUUAUACCUAUUCUUUAUCCGUAUGGUAGCAAAGGUCCGAAAGAGCUUAAUGAUUAUAUUAAAAAUCAUAGUUGUAAAUUAUGUUUGUAUUAUUAUUUAAUAUUUAUUAAUAACUAA